AUGGACAGCAACCUCGGACCAAGGGAGGAGGAGGAGGAAACUACCCUACACUGUUCAUCAUCAUCAUCUUCCAACACUAGACAGCAGGGUCUCUGGGCUACUCGGAAUCCAGCCCGAUUGGCGGAUCCUGAGGCCUUCCCUGAGCUGCCUAAGAUACAACCAAAGCCUAAGUCAUCGCAAUGGAACGCUGGUGGUAAGGCUAGGAAGGACAUAGAAAGGAUGAAAGGCCUCGAGAGAAGAUACCCUUUGCUCGUCCGACCUACCAAGAAUGCCCCCAAGCAGUCCCAUGAGCCGGAGCUUCCAGGCUGGAAGUGCCCCCACUGUGAGCAGCAUAAUGAGCCUCAGAGCGACACUUGUAGCAAGUGUGGUCUUAAGCUGCUUGUAAAGAAGGGAGGACCUUCCGGGGGAGGUGGUGGUAGUGGGGGCAGCAAGGGAGGCAAGAGGAAGAAGGCUAAUGCAGCUGAUAAGGCCAUGGGCAGAUUCUGA